AUUCCAUUAAAUGGACUUUGCAAUCCAGUACAAAGAAAAAAAAUCCAUUUAAAAAAUGACAGGCCAGGAGUGUAGCUGAGGGGCGGAGCACGUGCUGCUCGGUAUUCACGUCCUGGGUUUCAUCCCCAGUACCAAAGGGGUAAAAAAGUCCAAAUCAGUCAGGGUGGAUCAUAUUACCGUACAGUUUGCUGCCAGCCACUUUUUCUUUUAAGAAUGACGCUUCCUUCCCGCCCAUUGGCUGCAGCCUUAGUCAUGUUACUUGCCUUGACCAAUAACACAAGAGCAGAGUGUCACGUGUGUGCCGGUCCUGUCUAAAGCUGUUACAUCCGGGAACGUCCUACGGCUCCUGUUAAACUAUUUGCAGUUCGAAAUCGGCGGUGGCAACAUGGCCAUUGAAAGAGCAAAGACUAUAAAUCAAGACUUCUCUCCCCCGCCCCUGAAGUUGGUCUAGCAGCUCUCCAAAGAGUGGUCUUACAAAGGAGAUCUCAGCUGGAUGUGAUGGCGCACGCCUGUUACCCCAGCACUCUGGGAGGCUGAUCCCUGGGAUCACAAAUUCGAGCCCACCCUGGGCAAUUUAGUGACUUGGCGAGACCUGGUCUCAAAGUAAAAAUUUAAAAGAGGCUGAUAACGGGGAGGGGGGAACUGCUGCAGAGGAUGUAACUUCCUUGGGAAGUGAACCCCUGUUCGGAGCUCGGCGUUGCGGGGCGGUUUCUUACCAGAGCCCAGGGCAGCGGGACCCCAGCUAGGACUGGGCACGGGUUUCUCCUCCCAGCCGGGGCGGGGCCGCGGACGCCCGAGCCAGGUCUUGGAAGGUGAAUGACGCAUACGCGAGGACAGCAGCCCCUUCCCAGCCUCUCCAAGCUCCGGGGACCCCCCGAGACUCGAGAAUUGGGUGCUGUGUCUUUAAAGGGAGUGGGGGCUUCCGGUGGGGUCUACGCGCCCUCAGGGCGCCGGGAGAGGACUGGCUGAGGGGACCGAGGGGGAGACGGAGCGGAGAUCGUGGAGGACACAGGGGCGCAGGGCUCGGGUAGAGGGGUCCAAAGCCUGCCUACCGCGGCUCCACUCCCUACCCCAGCCUCUGAGGCCACGCCCCCCGCCGUCCCCGCCGGGUCCCGCCCUCCCCGCGGUGCUGAACAAAGGGACUCGGUCCUCGGGGCGCCCUGGGCGGUUCUCUGUGAACACUGACUGCCGGCCGAGGACCUGAAGCUUCGCCAAGCCAAGGGUUUUUAGCCCUAGGAAAGGAAGGAAGAAGGACUCGCCCCAGCUGAACUUGUGAUCAGCAGCUACUACAAGGACACCGUGUUUCAGAGCCGCUGCUGUAGAAAUAGCUUAUCCUUCCCAGUUGUGUUUAACCAGAGAGCAUCUGGACCUUUAGCAUCUCCUUGUUGCUGAUUCAGAAGCUGGCAUCAGGCACAGGCACUGGAGAGGUCACUGAGACACUGCGAAAGCGAUGCCCAGUGAAGAGCCUGCACUGACCAUGGAAGAGAACAGCGGGCUGGACGAAGCUGCGGUGCAGGGCGGCCCAUGCCCGGGCCGCCUGGGGGCGCCCUACGCCGAGGCCUGGGGGUACUUUCACCUGGCACCUGCGCGCCCCGGGCACCCGUCUGGCCGCUGGGCCACUUGCCGGCUGUGCGGGGAGCAGGUGGGCCGCGGCCCGGGCUUCCAGGCGGGCACCUCGGCUCUGUGGCGACACCUGAAGAGCGCGCACCGGCGGGAGCUGGGGAACAGCGGUGCGCCCGGCCCUGUGGCAGCCGCGGAGCGCGAGUGGGCGCGGCUGCGGGAGCAGAUGGGCGCGCUGGCCGAGCAGGGCCGGCGGCGUGAGCGCGAGCUGGCGCGGAGGGAGGCGGCCGUGGCCCGGGGCGAGCGCGCCCUGGAGCGCGGGCGGAGCGCGCUGCGGGCCCUGGAGCGCCGGCUGCAGGCGGAACGCGAGGCCCUGCAGACGAGGCUGCGAGAGCUGGGCUGGCCCUCCGCGCCGCCCCCGGCCUCCGUACCGAAAGAGGACCCCGAGGACCGGGUCGGGGACAGCUGCGUUGCCGCCAAGGUCCUGCUAUAGAGGUUGGCUGAUUCCACCGUGGGCCGCGAUAUGCCAAAUGCGGGGCCUCCCACGCAAAGUUCAUACCAGUGCGAAACCAAAACCACCACGUCACGGGUGCCUUUGACUUCCUGUGCCUUGACGCAUGUGAAAAACAGAGUCGCACAGAAGGGGAACCAAAGAGCCCCAGCAUCCUUGGUGCCAUAUCACUUGAGGCUGGUGACUGAAAGGACAGAAGCUGCUUUACACGCCAAAGACUCUUCACUCUGUGUGCUUUAUGCGCCGUGCCAGCCCAGGGAGGGCAUGGAAACACGGAUCACGGUUUUAACCAGUACGAGUUUUCCUCAACUCUUGGUGGAUAAUCUGCCCAGCGCUAAGUUGUGAAAAGGGGACUUUAGUUUCCAUGACUGCUUUCCACCCUGAUUCAUCUCUAGAACUUCAUCCGGGCAGUGUCCGAGUGCCUCCCACACGGUGCUCAUCCAGUGCAGGAAGCACCUGCACCUCAGCUAUCUUUUCCCUGAGUUACAACCCAACAGCAGGUGUAGCACAUUUCCGCCUUUCUUGCCUUAUACUUCCUGCCACUUGACUAGCAGGCCAUGACCUCAUCCCUUGUCACUAGAGUGCUUCCUUCUCCGUGUCUUCACCAUCCUGGCCCAAAGUUUAUAGCAUCCCUCCCAUCCAAAGCCACUUUCCUCUUCUGCGUUUACUGCCUCCGUCCCCGUCCCUAUUCGCCUCCCUUUCCCAAGCAACCCUCAGUCUCUCAGAAGAAAACGAAGACUCUCAGCUGACAGGGUGAAGCAGUCCCUGCUGCCUCCCCGCAGGUCAGCUUUCAUGGGUCACUCAGGUCUUUCCAAGUCACCACUCUCCAAAGACCAAACAGGACUUCUUUCUGCCUUUAUCUUCCUUAAUGUCUUGCUUCUUGAAAUCCCUCCUUUGGUAGGUGGAACAUGCUUUCCCUCCAACGAACUCCUUUUCAAGGUGUAGACCAGUUCACCUAACAAUUUUUCCUCAGGCCUCUUUAGUUUUCAAUUUUUUUCUGUUGAAAAUUCCCAAGCAUCCAGAAAGAGUUGAAAAGCUAGUACAAUAAAUACCAUAUGCAUCCCCUCCACCUAGACUGCACAGAGAUAAUGUUUUGCCUUAUUAUCACCACCCCGCCCAUGUGUAACCGCUUUUCAUCCCUAAGUAGUUUACCUUGUAUCUCCUAAGGAUAAAGAUAUUGUUGUCAUGGUUACAGUAUGAUUAUCAUACUUAAGAAUAUAAACAACUUCCUUUUAUUCUUUA